AUGAAGAUCGUGGGAGGCAGCAUCGCCGCGUUUGGCAUGGCAACUCAUACCAUGUCAGCUAUGGCACAGAAUAUGUCAUACGGAGCGGACAAUUUCUACCGCAGUGACAAUGUGACGGUUCACAAGGUCAAAUUCCCAAGCCAAUACCACACGGUUAUCGCGGGCAACCUCUUCGCCCCUAACAAUCUCAACCGCAGUGUCUCCGCCCCGGCUAUUGUCGUCGGCCACCCAAUGGGUGCAGUCAAGGAGCAGAGCGCGAACCUCUACGCAACAAAAUUGGCCGAACAAGGCUUCGUUACGGUGUCACUUGACCUGCCAUUCUGGGGCAGCAGCCAGGGCAGACCACGCAAUGCUGUGUCGGCAGAACUGUACGCAGAGGCGUUCAGCGCAGCAGUUGACUACCUUGGUGCGCAAAACUUCACGAGCGUGAAUCGUGAGCGAAUCGGUGGUCUCGGUAUCUGUGGCAGCGGCUCCUUCAUAAUCAGUGCAGCGAAGAUCGACCCACGCCUCAAGGCCAUUGCAACAUCGUCAAUGUAUAACAUGGGCGCUGUCAAUAGAGACGGACUACAGAAGUCGCAAGGCCUCCCUGAGCGCAAGGAAGUAAUCGCCGCGGCUGCACAGCAGCGCUGGGUCGAGGCGGAUGGUGGCAGAACCGAAUACACGGGCGGCACUCCGAAUAGACUCACAGCGAAUUCCACUGCCGUGGACCGUGAAUUCUACGACUACUACCGUACCUCACGUGGUGAAUUUACGCCUAAGGGCACCACUUCGAAUCUUACAACACACCCGACGCUGUCGACAAACACUAAGUUCAUGAAUUUCUACCCGUUCAAUGAUAUCGAAACGAUCUCGCCGCGUCCGAUGCUUUUUAUCUCCGGUGACCAGGCACACUCACGCGAGUUUAGUGAAGAUGCUUAUGCCCGUGCGGAAGAGCCGAAAGAGCUGUUUUGGGUAUCUGGCGCUGGUCACGUUGACCUUUAUGAUCGCGUCGAUCUGAUUCCAUUCGCUAAACUCACUCACUUCUUCCAAACAAACCUCGUCUAG